CUUCCCUUUUGCCUUUUUCAUUUUUGUUUACGCUCUGAGCUCCUCUUUAAUUCACGUUCGCCAACUCCACCACCAUUGCCAUACCUAAUCUAUCCCUACCCAGAAAUUCAGUAAAUAAUGACAUCAAUUUCAUCUGCUGGUGGUUUUAGCAGCCCACUAAGCAUCAAAUUAUGAAUCCCACCGAUGCUCUGACGCGGUAAUUCCCUUAAGUAUUAUCCUUUGGCGUGUUUUAUUUUCUGCGGAAAAGAAAGAAAUAUAAAACUAUCAACUUUUUUUUAUUGUUCCUCGAUUAAAAGAAAGAAAUAACUAAAAUGAGUUGCAGGCCCUUGUUCUUCUCUGGAACAUUCAUUUCUACUCCAAUUACUAAUGCUAAUGACAGCAAUAGCAGCUUGAAGAUACCAUCUUCUCCCCUUUUUGCUGAUUCUAUACUCCGUUUAAAGCCAUCGCUAAAAGCUAAUCACAAUUUAACGUUCACCAAAGCAAACCCUUUCCCUUUUAAUUUUCCCUUGCAUAGUGGUAGUGGAUCUAAUAACAACAACAAUAAUAAUAACAAUAAUAACCCUUUUGAUCCAUGGUGGUGGUGGAAUGAAAACAAUAAGAAUAAUUGUGAUUAUUUUGUGUGGUUGUUAUGCUGCUUUGUGGCAUUGUGGUUACAAUCAGCUUCUUCAGCAUUUGCAAGAACGACAUUGAAAGAGAAAGAGGAAGAAGGAGCUGAGGAUAGUGUUUGGGUAGUUAAAGGAAGCAAGCGGAUUAGACUUAUUCCUGAUUUUAUUAAAGAUGAAUUUCUUGUUAAUCCAUCAUUGCCAUCUUCAUAUGAUGAUAUAAUAUCAUCAUCGUGGUUGCAUUUUGGAAGGACCUUGUGGCUACAAUGUAGAGCUUUAUUUGUUCGCCUCAUGCUUCCUGAAGGAUAUCCUCAUAGUGUUACUUCCGAUUACUUGGAUUACUCUCUUUGGCGAGGUGUUCAAGGUGUUGCCAGCCAAAUUAGCGGUGUUCUUGCUACUCAGGCAUUGCUUUACGCUAUUGGGUUGGGAAAAGGAGCUAUUCCAACUGCAGCUGCUAUCAAUUGGGUCCUCAAGGAUGGAAUUGGGUAUCUUAGUAAAAUUGUCUUGUCUAAAUACGGACGUCAUUUUGAUGUAAAUCCUAAAGGAUGGAGGUUGUUUGCUGAUCUUUUGGAAAAUGCUGCCUUUGGAUUGGAGAUUUUGACGCCUGCUUUUCCUCAUCUCUUUGUCUUCAUUGGUGCUGCUGCUGGAGCUGGUCGUUCAGCUGCUGCUCUUAUCCAGGCUGCUACAAGGAGCUGUUUUUAUGCUGGUUUUGCUGCUCAGAGGAACUUUGCUGAGGUAAUUGCAAAGGGUGAAGCUCAAGGAAUGGUGAGCAAGUUUAUAGGAAUCAUGCUUGGUAUAGGACUGGCUAACUGCAUAGGCUCUUCUAUUCCCCUUGCACUUGCUUCAUUCAGUGUGGUGACAUGGAUCCACAUGUUCUGCAAUUUGAAGUCAUAUCAGUCCAUUCAACUGAGGACAUUAAACCCCUAUCGUGCAAGUUUAGUUUUUAGUGAAUAUCUCCUGAGUGGCCAAGCACCUCCAAUCAAAGAUGUAAAUGAUGAGGAACCACUUUUUCCAGCUGUAUUUCCCCAUUUCAAGUCUGCAGAUAAACCAAGCUUAGUUGUACUAUCUUUAGAAGCAAGGGAUGCAGCUACUGAAAUUGAGAGGCGGUUGCAGCUGGGAUCAAAGCUCAGUGAUGUAGUGAACAGCAAGGAGGAUGUGCUUGCACUUUUCAAUCUGUAUAAAGAUGAAGGCUACAUUUUGACCGAGUAUAAGGGAAGAUUCUGUGUAGUGCUUAAAGAAAGUUGUUCUGCGCAAGACAUGCUCAAGGCAUUAUUCCAAGUGAAUUAUUUGUACUGGUUGGAGAGAAAUGCAGGACUUGAUGCAAGAGGCACCUCUGCUGAUUGCAGAUCAGGGGGGAGACUACAAGUAUCUCUGGAAUAUAUGCAACGGGAAUUCAGCCAUGUCAGGAACGAUAGUAUAUCAGUGGGAUGGGUUGCUGAUGGACUCAUUGCAAGGCCUUUACCGAAUAGGAUAUAUCCAGGUGAUCUGGUGGCCUCUUCGAUAGUAAGCUGAUGCAAUUUGGACAACACAGCAGGUUUUCCAUGUGCAAGCAAACAGGAAAAGAACUGCAUUCCUGGUCACAUGCAAGCAACGUAGAAUUAUUGCCUUUGUCGAAGUAAACUUGCUGCAAAAUGGUUAAUACUUGUAUUUAACAUCAUUGAUUUUAGCCAUCAGUAAAUAGUCACGAGUUUUCAUGCAAGGAUAAGGCCCUUGAUCCUUGGCACUGAUUGAGGACUUCAAUUGAAAGGUUCCUGUGAUUGAAAUUUGGGAUUUUCAGAUUUAGGACAAUAUAAAGAUCUGUUUAAUUAAACCUAUAAUAAUAGUCAAUUUAAUAAAGUCGUUCAUGUGGCCUCUUAA